AUGGCGCCACCAACCGGACUCGAGGCCCAGCUCUGGGACGCCAUCCAGCGCGGCAACACGGCCGACGCCAUCGAGCUCCUAGCCCAAGGCGCGGACCCCGAGAGCCGCAACCCCUUGCACGCCUGGACGCCACUGCACGUCGUUGCGAGACAAGGCAACGUCGCGCUCACCGACAUCCUCUUGGCCCUCGGCGCCAACGUGGACGCGCUCGACCAGAAAGCCUACUCGCCGCUGCAAUACGCAGUGUACGUCAAGACGUCAGGUCGCCUCGCGGUGGCGCAUCGCCUCUUGCUCGCCAACGCCUCCAUCGACGUCCCAGGCCAGACUGGCCAGGCGCUAUUGAGUCUGACGAAGCGUGAUCCGGACAAGGCCAUGUUUGAGCUGCUGAGCGCACACAAGGCGAUCCGCGACGCAACGCCAGACGACAAGGUGCGUGCCCAAGCCGCGCUGAAAACGUGGCUGGAAACACACAACAUUCCGACGACACGCAAUGACGACGAUAUGGCCAUGUUACUCCAGCGCGCGGCCGUCUAUGGGUGCGCUCGCGUGGUCGAACGGCUCGUGAACGCAGCCGUCGGCAUGGCGACGUGCGUCUCGGACGGUCUCGACCUCCUCGCAAUCGCCGUACGUGAUGGCCACGACCUACUCGCGCGCGCACUCUACGAACGCAUGUACCCGUCGGUGGCAUCGAUUGCUGCGACGGACGUGCGCUAUGAAGACCACGAUCUUGGUUGCGGAAUCUACUAUUACGUGCGAAAAGGAGUCUACAAGGACGCAAUGGACAUCAAGCUGCAAACGACGAUUCGGUCGCCGUACAUGCCGCCGUUGCUCGCUACCGUCGACGACGACUCCAACAAUCUCAAGAUGGUGACAGAGUUUAUGGACCAAGGCAACCUCUUUGACUACCUUCGCAAGAAGCGACAUGGAGACUUCGUGGCCAUCGAGGUCACGACGGUGCAAGUCGCGUGGGUGAUCGCCAACGCAAUCCAGGACCUCCAUCGCCAAAACAUCGUUCAUCGCGAUGUCAAGAGCUUGAAAGUUCUCCUCUCCUCCAAGCACGGCGUCAAGCUCAGCGGGAUUGCCAGCGCGCGAACGGUCCACGGGCUAAUGACCCAUGACGUCGGCACGCCGAUGUGGACGGCACCUGAAGUCUUUAGUCGCGACUACCAUGUAGACGAAGUGGUGGAUGGAACACCUGCCGACAUUUACUCGUUCGGGGUUGUGCUCACAGAGCUCGACACGGGCGACGAGCCGUACGCCGCCGACUUGCGGACAUCAUCUCACCGUGACAUCAUACCGCGAGUGCUUGCCGGAACCCUCCGCCCAUCCAUGGGCCCCGACUGCGCGCCAUGGCUGCGCGAGCUCGCGGACCGCUGCUUGGCGUUCGACCCAUCGGAGCGCCCAACGGCCGCCGACAUUGUGGCGAUGUUGGCGCCGCACCUGAACGAUCAACCUGCGCCAUAG